AUGGUGCUUUUCAGGAAAAUUGUACUGUGCGGAUUCGUCUACCUAUUUUUUGUUUCCUGUGGACUGGCUUGUGGUCCUGGCAGAGGUUAUGGCAAACGGAGACACCCGUCAAAACUGACGCCGUUAGCGUACAAACAAUUCAUUCCAAACGUCGCGGAGAAAACCCUCGGGGCUAGUGGCAAAUUCGAGGGCAAGAUCACAAGAAAUUCAGAGCGAUUUAAGGAACUCACUCCAAAUUACAACCCCGACAUUAUCUUUAAGGAUGAGGAAAAUACCAAUGCAGACCGACUCAUGACACAGCGAUGUAAAGAAAAACUGAAUUCGUUGGCCAUUUCAGUCAUGAACCAGUGGCCAGGAGUUUUAUUGCGCGUCACGGAGGGCUGGGAUGAAGAUGGACAUCAUUUCGACGAGUCAUUGCACUAUGAGGGACGUGCCGUAGACAUCACCACUUCAGACAGGGAUAAAAGCAAAUAUGGAAUGCUGUCGAGGCUUGCCGUGGAGGCUGGAUUUGACUGGGUCCAUUACGAAUCUAAAGCCCAUGUGCACUGCUCAGUUAAAGCAGAAAACUCAGUGGCAGCUAAAUCGGGAGGGUGCUUCCCUGGAUCAUCCUUGGUCACGCUCAGGGAUGGUACAACAAAGUACAUCAAAGACCUUAAGUUGGGUGACAAGGUCCAGGCUGCAGACGAACAGGGGAACAUCGUGUACAGUGAUUUUCUCAUGUUUAUAGAUCAAGACACUCAAACACAGAGGCUAUUUUAUGUCAUUGAAACCUCAGAGCCGAAAAAAACACUCAGACUAACAGCUGCCCAUCUGAUUUUCACUUCAAGUUCAACGGACAAUUCAGAAAUGUUGAUAACGUAUGCCAGUAAAGUAAAGCCUGGUCACAAAGUGUUUGUCUUCGACGAGGCUGUAGGUAAACUGAAGGCGGCCACCGUGGAAAGGAUUUACACUGAGGAGUACCACAGUUCUUUCGCUCCAGUAACUGCACAUGGGACCAUACUGGUUGAUCAAGUGCUGGCAUCUUGUUACGCUGUGAUAGAGUCUCACACAUGGGCACACUGGGCUUUCGCACCUCUUCGACUGACCUAUCGAUUCACAUCGUUAUUUCUGUCCACGGGAGGAUCGAACAUUACCUAUCAAGGGGACGGGGUCCACUGGUACUCAAAGAUGCUGUUCCAUGUGGGGAUCUGGCUACUGGACAAUGAUUCAUUCCACCCAUUGGGAAUUUUGAACUGGAGCUAA